AAACCAGGGCACGCCGCUGCCCACCGGACGCGACACGCAGCGAGUCCAGCUUCCCCACCUGAUCUCAUCGUCGUCAUCUCCCCUCCCCGAAAGCCGACGACGCCUUUUAAAAGCCUCGCAUCGCCCGCUCGGACGAUGCAAGUCCACAUCCAGAAUUCCGGGGUCCGCUGUCCAAGACCAAAUCCAAAUCCCAAUUCCCACCAAUCCCCAGCGGAGAUUUUGAAAGCAGGCUCAUCUCGUUCCUUGCAGCAAUGAUUCUGGUGGCGGUAGUGGCGGAGCUGCUGGAGGAGUACACGGCGCUGGUGGCCCGGGUGCUGGAGCAGCUGCUCACCGACGCGCCGUUCCCGCGCCGCAUGCGCUUCCUCAUGCUGCGGAGCCUCCCCUUCGUGCCGCCGCCUCUGCCCCCGCCGCCGCCGCCGCACGCCCUCCACGUCACCACCCGGGGCUGAUCGAUCGAUCGAUCGGCUUCAUUUCAGGGCGGCUUUCAGCUGGCCCGCCAUGGCCACCCACUAGGUAGCCUGUGCUUGAGGCAGCUGAUGAACACAGAUUAGGUUGUUGAUCAAUGAUCCACGGUGUGUUUCGUUCGUUUCUCGCUUUCCUUUUAUCAGCUCUUGGCUACACGGAUUUAAUACUGUCUCUGUCUCUUUGAAGACUCAUUUGUCAUUUGUUCUGUAAAUAUUCUUGGUACUAUGAACCAUGAGAAGACUUUCUUUGACACUUUCUUGA